AUGUUCGGAUCAUCAUUUGUUAGAAGUAACGGUUCAACAACAUCAACACCACCAUCACACUUCAAAGAUUCAGCCAGAAAUGCCAUUUAUCAACAAUUACCUGUGGUCAAUAAUAAUCUUCAAACUCCAAGUAUACGAUCAGCCCCUUCCAUACAACAACAUAAACAUCAAUCAUUUAAAUCCCUGAAUUCAAGUGUUUUCAGUAAAAGAUCAGCCCGAUCAGCUCCUUCAAUAUAUUCAAGUUCUACUGCCACCAUCCCUGAAGAUAGUGAGCCUAUAGGUAUAACAAUAGAACAACUUGUUAAUGAUGUUCAAUAUCAUGAAAAUUUUUGUAAAGAACAAAUCGAAAUUAGAAUUCAUGAAGGCGUUAUGAGACCAGAAGAAGUUGAAGAAGAACAAUAUAAGAUAAGUCUUGGAUCAGAUUUGAAUUAUCAAAACCCAGAGAAUUUAUUAGAUUGGAAUUUAAAUGUCACAAGAUGUAAAUUACUUUUGACCCAAUUACCCAUAAUAUCAUCAAUACCCGAUUUCUCCUAUUUACCAAAUUCAUUACCAUUAUUAGUGGGAGAUUUAUCACAAAAAUGUCAUUUGAUUCUUCUUCAACCUUAUAUCACUGAUAAAGAAUUAAUUCAUAUACUAUAUAAUUCUAAUAUUUAUGAGGAACAUAAUUUAGAUAAUAAUUUUAAGAAAUCAGUAGCUGAAGUAAGUGUUAAACAAUCAAGAUUAUUACAAAUAAAUUCCCCUACCAAAAAUAAUCCUAUAAUAUCAGUUGAUAAUCAAGUUGGAUUGGAAUUCAAAUAUAAGGAAAUAGCUAUACGGAAUUAUUUAAUAAAUUUAGCUGCUGCUGCCACGACUGCUUACGAGUAUAAGAAACAACUGGACGAAAUGAAACGUCAAUUAAGAAUUACUGACAAAAAAGCUAAAAUUUCUAAAGAGGAUAAGAAAUUAUUAUGGGAUAGAACAAGACUGGAUGUAUUCAGAAGAGCUGGCUUAGAAGAAUAA